AUGGUCCGCAACUUACUUGCGCUCCUCGCCUGCGCCGUUCCCGUGUUUUCUGCGGCUGUCAGCGAGCAAUCCCCGGUCAACGCCUCGCAAGAGUGCACGAACCCAGUUGUGCGACGCGAGUGGCGCAGCCUCACCCCAGAUGAGCGCCAGCAGUGGUUGGAUGCUAUCAAGUGCAUGGCAAGCCUUCCUCACACGGACGACUUGGUAGUCGAAGUGGGCAAGGGAGACAUUGGCCCCAUUAACGCGUCGGGUUCUUAUUACGAUGACUUUGCCUACGUGCAUAUGGAUCAGAACCCGGUGGUCCACUUCACCGCGAGAUUCUUCCCCUUCCAUCGCGCGUACGUUCACAAGAUCGACGAGAAGAUGCGUACCCUCUGCAACUAUACCGGCCCCUCCGCACCGUACUGGGAUUGGUCCCUUGACGCCGCCGAUGUCGAGCACUCCACCAUGUUUGACCCUGACGUUAACGUUAGCGGCCUGGGAGGCUGGGGCGACCCCGAGAACGACUUCCAGCUCGUCGAUGGCGCAUUCGCCGACCUCCACUUGACCUACCCCUCCCCGCAUCGCCUCCGUCGCAACUUCACGCAGUACCCCUUUGCGACCGAGGGCAAGGACCCGCAGUUCUACACGCAGCCGUGGAUGCCGGGCAACGAGACCUUCCAAGGCGACCUCCUCCGCAAUCUCACGCAGGGCUACGUCGGCGACUACAAGGGUUUCCACUCGAAAAUCGAGGCCUUCCUGACCGCGCACGCCGCCGGUCACCAGAUGAUUGGUGGCGACAUGGGCGGAAUCUGUCCUACCGGCGAUACUGAGUGUGUACCUGGCGCGACAUUCACGACUAACGAUCCGCUCUUCUGGCUUCACCACUCCAUGGUCGACAAGAUGUGGUUCGACUGGCAGCACGCCCACGUCGAGGAGAACUUCUACCUGAUCGAGGGCGGCUUGACGCCUCACAUUGAGAACGCGACUAUCUACGCUCAGUACACUACGGGUGGCCCUCCGGCUCUGGAUUUCAACACCUCCUUGCCUAACAACGGCAUGUGGGAGAACCUUACUGUCUGGGAUGUCAUGAACACGACGGCUGGCAUCUUGUGCUACGUGUACGAGUAA